AUGCUACUCCCUCUUUUCCAGCUGAUUGACAUCACAGGCAAAGACCAGGACGAGUCCAUGAUCGCACUGCACGAUUGCAACGGGGAUGUCAACAGAGCUAUUAACGUGUUGCUGGAGGGUAGCCCGGACACUGACUCUUGGGAAAUGGUGGGGAAGAAGAAAGGGGUGUCGGGCCAGAAGGAGACGAGCCAAGCAGAAACCGGAGAGGAAGGAAAAGAGAACAGGGAGAAAGGAGGCGAGAAAGAUGUUGCACGUCGUCGGGGUGGAGCUCCACGUAAGGGCCGUGGAGCCAGCAGGGGACGAGAGUUUCGCGGUCAGGAGAAUGGCUUGGAUGGCAGCAAGGCUGGAGUAGCUGGAAGAGGAGCCGAGCGAGGCCGAAGGGGAAGAGGCAGAGGAAGAGGGACUAUCGGAGUAUCUGGACGGCGAGGAGGCCGGUUUUCAGCGCAGGGCAUGGGCCAGAUUGAUAAGGGGCCCACAUAUGAUAUUGCUGGAGGUGAGAGAACAUUCAACCCUGCUGACUAUGCAGAGCCAGCCCAGACAGAAGAAAAUUAUGGAGGGGGCAGCACCUGGAACAACACGGGAAGUGUGGAGCUGGAGGAGUCGACUAGGCUGGAAUACUCUGCAGGAGAGGGAACAAAUUACCCGCCCAAGUUUGACUCUGCUCCUGGUGCCUGGAGGUCUGCCACAGAGGAGUGGGGAACUGAAGACUGGAAUGAGGAUCUUUCAGAGACCAAGAUAUUCACAUCCUCCAGUGUGGCAUCCUUGCCGCUACCUCAGGAGAAUGUUACCAUCACCAAAGGACAGAGGAUUGACCUGGCGGUGCUUCUGGGGAAGACUCCUCCAUCCUUCUCCUCAGAGACAGAAACCCCCCCCAUGGAGGCCACCCAGCCUCCCUCCUUGUCCCAAUCACUGGUUUUUAGUAAUUCCAAGCAGGGGCCGCCACUGUCCCAAACAUCCUCCAGCACCCCGUACACCCAGCACAGCAUGGUCAGCAUGCUGAGCAAGGGAUUCGGGGAUGUGGGAGACCCUAAAGGAGGCAGCACAGGGACCACAGGCUCUCAGUUCCUGGAGCAGUAUAAAAACGCUCAGGCACUGGCCCAGCUGGCAGCCCAGCAUUCCCAGACUGGACCUCCGAACACAACCCCUUCAUCCUGGGACACCAGUGCCGCCUCACUUGGACAAUACGAUAUGAAGACUCAGCCCGAGUCUGUGGUCCAUUCGCCCUUUACGAAGCGGCAGCCUUACCAGGCCACCACCUCAGCGUCGUCCAUGUUGGAUGUUUUCCUGCAGGACAAAGGCCUGCCUCCUUCCUCCUCUGUCCCCUCGUCAUCUUCCUUACCCCAACAUACAACAUCCUCACCCCAUGUGGUGCCUCCGCCUGCUUCAUCCCUUCCCAAAAUGGCAGCAGUCCCAUCUCUCGGUCAGCAGGUUUCUCCAAGUUCAUCAGAUGCCCAGGGUUCGAGUCCACUGCCUUUGCAGCAACACAAACUUAAACAACAGAAGAAGAGGGCGUCCAUUACAACAAAGAUUCCAGCAAUGGCAGUGGAGAUGCCUGGCUCAACGGACAUUUCAGGACUUAAUCUUCAAUUUGGAGCGCUGCAGUUUGGGUCAGAACCAGUUCUACCAGAGUAUGAGUCCACUCCUUCUACAACGCAAGCCAACCAGGUUCAGAACAGUCUCUACACGAGCCCCAGCAGUGAGUCGACUCCAGCUCUCUCCAACUCCAGCCAGAUGGACCUGUAUGACCAGAGAGCGCCUCAGACACGACGCUACCCUCCCUCAGUCUCCUCCUCCCCUCAGAAGGAUAUGCAGUCCAAGAAUGGCUUCAGUUCAAUACAAGCAGCGCAGUCUUUGGAAGCUGCAGCAGGCUCUGCAAUCAAGCCAGCCUCUGAUUCAAUCACGCAGGCAUCCGGCUCCAGCUUGGGCACUUUGACGGACAGCGGCACAGGCCCUGCCUCCUUGUUGACGGCAUCCAAUCAGACAUCCCUAAGCGCUCUGGGGCACAGUGAAGACCUGCCUCCAAGCACCAUUCCUCCUCCUCAGCACAACAACUCUCACCCAUCACAACAGAACAGCCUUGCCCCAUCUUCAGUCCGGACAUCCAACUCAAGCUUACUGCAUCCAAACGUAGAUGGUGACUCAAGCCUGCACUCCUCCUCCUUCCCUUCCUCAGUCUCAGUCCCCUCUUCUUCAGUCCCCUCCUCUUGCUCGGCAGCAGUUGCUGCACAGGUGUCCCUCGGGGCCCCUCAGGCAUCCUCGGUGGGCUCUGCCACAGUCUCAGCUCCUUCCGGCCUCGGGCCCGUCAGCAGUCUGGCCAUGGGCCUCAACCCGGCCUCCAUGGGUGCUCCAUCUGCAGCAGCCACCGCAGUUCUACUCUCCACGGCGGCUUCAACCAUUCCCUCUGCAGCUACUUCAUCAUCCGCACGCAGCUCUGCAGCAUCCUCAGGGAAAGCACCUCCAAACCUGCCACCUGGAGUGCCCCCUCUACUGCCCAACCCAUACAUCAUGGCUCCGGGACUACUGCAUGCCUACCCUCCUCAGGUCUACGGCUACGAUGAUCUUCAGAUGCUUCAGACAAGAAUACCGCUGGAUUAUUACAGCAUCCCCUUUGCGACUCCCACAACAGCACUGACUGGCAGAGAUGGCAGCCUGGCGAACAACCCUUACUCUGGUGACCUGUCAAAGUUCGGUCGAGGUGAUGCAUCAUCCCCAGCUCCAGCCACCACAUUAGCUCAAACACAACAGAACCAGACCCAGACACAUCACACCACACAGCAGACCUUCCUCAACCCGGCACUGCCGCCUGGCUACAGCUACACAAGCCUCCCAUACUACACCGGCAUGCCAGGCCUGCCCAACACCUUUCAGUACGGACCUGCUGUGUUUCCGGUGGCUCCUACCUCGUCAAAGCAGCAUGGUGUGAAUGUCGGCGUCAACGCAUCAGCGACACCUUUCCAGCAGGCUAGUGGAUAUGGUUCCCAUGGAUACAGCACUGGCUAUGAGGAUGUGGGCCAGGCUUCAGGGAGUGGGGAUUUCUGUAAGGGCGGAUACGGCACUGCCGUGGCCGCUGCCUCUUCUGCACAAAACAAGCCAGCCAGCUCUGUCACCGGGCCUGGAGUCGGAGUCUCUGUCACAUCGAGCAACACCGGGGUACCAGAUAUUUCAGGGUCCGUUUACACAAAGACGCAGUCGUUUGAGAAGCAGGCUUUCCACGCAGGGACACCGGCAGCUUCGUUCAGCCUGCCCUCAGCUUUAGGGAGCGGGGGACCCAUCAACCCCCCGGCUGCCGCUGGCUACGCCCCUGCCCCGUUCAUGCACAUCCUGGCACCGCACCAACAACCCCAUUCUCAGAUUCUGCACCACCACCUGCAGCAGGAUGGACAGAGCGGCACUGGACAGCGCAGCCAGAACGCUUCCAUUCAGCAGAAGUCUCAGAUCAACAAGUCGGCGUACAACAGCUACAACUGGGGGGCAAACUAACACCCACUGUUGGCCCCUCCCACCAAACCAACGCCGUUGAAAGAAGCCAGGAGGGGGCUCAUCGCUCCUCCUGCAAAAACCCUCUCCACGUAUAAAACUCCCUGUUCCUCCUCCAGAGAUCUCCCUCCCCCCGUCUCUUGGCCCAGCACUCCUGCAGCUCUGGCCACGGUCAGAGGAGGUGCUGUGCCGAGAGAACGAGCACCGUCACGAUGCACGGAUGGGUGGGAGGGACGGGAGGGUUCUUAGAACAGAGGAGUAAUCGGAGCUGAAUGGUUAUAGAAACACGCCGUCAAGAGGUGAAAUAUUGAGUGUUGGGAAUUUGUAUAAUGUUAAUUCCUCCGCCCCUUCCCUUUUUCUUUCACUUGUAUGUAACAUAGAACUGUUUUCUAAAAGAAUGAACAUUUCCUGUG